AUGUGGCAUUUUUUAGUGAUUCAGUUGGUUUUACUCCUAACUUCAAAGGGCCAUUCGACGAAGCUCCAGGUCAGCCUAGGUGGCCAAGACGAAGAUGGCCUGCUGGCGAUGAUACACGACAUGUCCAAACUGUUGGAUGCCGGAAAGCAGCAAUCUCCGCUGGGACCGAUCGACAAGGAAGUGAUGUUCAACUGUAGCAGUAAUCGACCGAACGGCGGCUUUCAACCAGUACUGCUGAACGAUCCCAAUCUGCUGAAGAAGUUGGACCUUCAAACACCAAUUGCUUUCAUCAUUCACGGCUGGAACAGCUCGUCCGGUGAACCACAUUUCGAGGAUAUGGCCCGCAAUUACAGUCGGUUCGUGAACAGUAACAUCUGCCUGCUGAAUUGGUCCAAUCUGUCUCGCUAUGAAUACGAUGUCGCCGCGCAGCAAAGCCUGCAAAUGGUAGUUGCAUAUUUCACAAGAUUUUUGCGCUUCUUAAAUGCCAAUGGAAUGAGUUAUACAAAAGUGACGCUAGUUGGGCAUAGUUUGGGAGCGCAGAUCAGUGGGUUGGUGGGGAAAAACUUGAACGGAGCAAUUGGGCAGAUAUUCGCGCUUGAUCCAGCCGGUGUGCUUUUCACACUGCCUAACGAUGUGGGAGUGAACAACCGGCUGGCUUCGACUGAUGCACAGUACGUGCAGGCCAUUUUCACCACCAAAGGAGAACUAUCUAUGGACAUCGGUGCUGGGCAGCAAAACUUCUGGAUGAACGACAACGGCGAACAUCCGCAGCCUGGAUGCAAAAGUUUGGCAAAGAAUAAAGGCUUGCUAACGCAAUACUUCGGUAGGUAUUCAGUGUUUGGUGCAUGGCUUUGA